CACAAUCGCACAAGUAGCAUUGUGCAGCCCACCACAGGCGAUGCGCAGGCGGACCCUUCUCUACAAAGGAAGCUAACGAAGCUGACUCGGAGGCCAAACUGUUGCGCGCUUUUGGCACUGGCGCAAUGCAAAUACAGUACAGUAAUAUGUGCCGUCUAGGUUGACAGUGCAAGGCGCUAUCCGAACGGAGUCUUGUAGAGGAAUAUGAAGAGCGAACAGGCGGGCGAGUUGCCGCUGCCGCUGUCGUUCGUUGCGAAGGAAGCUGGAAAGCAAGCGGUGAAGCUACUGUUGGCGAUAUGGCUCGCCUCAAGAGUCCUCUAUGUUGCACAUCGCCUGUUUGGAAUGGUGCCCCUGGCGAUCGCGCUGGUGCUCGCGGUGCAGUGGUACAUGAAGCACCAGGAGCACCAGCAGCCAUCGGACUCCUCGUGGCCGCCGCACCGCCAACCACAACAACAUCAGCAGCAACUACCGCACACACUUUACUCGCUGCUGCGCGCCUCCCUGCACGGCAUCCGCUGGCCGCCACACCCGGCUGCCGCGCAUGCAGCUGCUACUGCUACGGCAGCUAGCGGCAGCGGCAAUAGCCGGCUGGCGGUUGCAGGGGGCGGCGCCGUCACUGCGGCAAAGCAUGGGUCGCAGCCGGGCCUGGGCUCGGGCCACGGUGGCGGCGGCGCGGGCGGAACAGUCGGCAUGCACGUGCAUCUGCACACGCACGUGCACCUGGCGACAGGCACAGCAGCACCAGGUGGCGGCGGCGGCGGCGGCCACCGCUCACAGGCGCACCACGUACACCACUCACCACACCACCAGCCCCCAAACCCACAUCAGCACAACACGCACGGUACGGCAGCGGCAGGCGGCGGCGGUGACUUGGAUGGCGAGCAGCCGCCGCUGUCAAGCUCCUGGCACAGCGGCGGCGGCGGUGGCGGCGGCGGUAACAUGUUAGGGCGGGCCGGCAGCGGCAGUAGCAGCGUCAGUUCCAUUCGGCAGCGCGACCUGUGGCGGGUGCAGGUGGGCAGCAAGGUGGUGGAAUGGGCAUGGGAGCGCUUUUGCGGUGGCAUCGUGCAGACGUGGAUCUACGACGUGUGGUGGGGCAUGCUGUCGCCGGACCGACAGUUCCCCGCAGAGGUGCGGCGGCUGCUGAACUCGGCGUUCGGGGUGCUGGCGGCCCGGGCGCGGCGGCUGGACGUGGUGGGGGUGAUCAUGCGGGACCUGUGUGAGGCGCUCAUGGCCUCCCUGGAGCUGUACAGGGCCACACUGGAGCGACUGGGCGGAGAGCAGGCGCUGGAGGGCCGCGCCCUGAGGCACGCCGCCGCCGCCCUGGCCACAGCAAAUGCUUCCGGCGGUGCCGGCAGCAGCAGCAGUGGCACCAGUGGCAGCAAUGGCACCAAUGGCGCCAAUGGCGCUAAUGCGUGUGCGAGCGCCAGCAGCAGCGGCACUGCUGCAGUGAGGGGGCACGAGACCGCAGCCGGGGACGGCGCAGCCGCGGCUGCGCAGCCGGCGGCGACGUUGCCUGGCGCCGCACCAUCUGCGGCCGCGGCGGUGACGGCUGCGCGCGAGCGACUGCUGCAGGCGGGCAUGCGGUCGGGUGGGUGGCUGCACCCGGCGUUUGAGCGGCCGGACGGACACUACCGCGCCCUGAAGGACAUGGCGGAUGCACUGGUGGAGGUGCUGUGGCCCGGCGAGGAGCUGUGCCAGCUGCACAUGCGGCCGCUGCUGCGCGAGCUGGUGGCCACGUGUGUGCUGCGGCCCGUGUUCAUGCUCAUGUCGCCGGUCACCGCACACAAGAUCCUGUACGACGUCUUGCCGGCGCUGCCCGAUGAGCCGCCGCUGACGCCGGUGCCACCAACCCCAGCAGCAUCCGCACCCGCAGCCGUACCCAGUGCCCCCCUCAGCAGCGGCAGCGGUGCUGCGGCCGGCGCCGCGGAGCGUGCGGGCAGCGGCGGCUCUGACUCGGCGGCGGCGACGCCGCGGGAAGCCGGCAGCACCCCGCUCGCGGCCCCGACCUCCUCCUCUGCAUCCUCGGCGUUGCUGGCUUCGGCUGCGGCUGCAUCAGGCGGGGCUGUGGGUGCGGGGUCGAGCUCUGCAGCCCGGCCGGCCCGGACCGCGUCAGCGGUACCACUGACGUCAGCGACAGGCGGCGCGGCGGCGGGCGGGGGCUCGGGGGCAGGGGCAGGGGCCGGGGCGGGGGCGGGGGCGGCCUCGCGUGCGGCUGUGGAGGGCUCCCUGGAGUUUGAGCGGCGCAUGGCGGCCAACGCGGCGGCGGAGGAGGCGCUGCUGCGGCGGCUAUCCAGCGUCGCCAGCCAUGCACUUACGAGUCUCGGUAGCGGAGACAUGGACGACGGCGGCGGAACUGGCGGUGGCGGCGGCGGCGCCCGCGCCUCCGCACGCCGCAGCGGCGCCGCAGGCUCCACCCGCACACACCAGUUGCAGCAGUCACACCACCACGGCCACCACCACCACGGCCACCACGCCUCACUGACAGACAACGCACUUCUGCACCCGGACGCUAGUGCUCCCGUGCUAGCGGCCGCAGAGAAUGGCGGCGCCGGGGGCGCUGGCGGCGGCGGCGGCGGCGGCGGCAGUGCGGUUGGCGUAAUGCGCAAGUCGGCUUCAAACCUGGAUUUGCUCCACGACCACCGCAGCCACGGCCUAGGCCACGGCCAGGGUCAGGGUCAGGGCGGCCCGGAGGGGUCUCACUCGCAUCACUCGCACACACAGUCGCACACACCGUCACACACGCCCUCGCGCAUGAAACCGGGCCAGCAUGGGCACGCGGCUGAGGGUGCAGGCGCCGGCGGGGCGGGGUCUGCCACGCUCGGCAGCCGCGGCUCGGGCGGCGCUGGUGCGAAUAGCGGCGGCACUGAAGCAGGCGGCGGCGGCGGCGGCCGUAUGUCUGCGUCCUAUCACGCAGGAGUGGACUAUCGCCCCACGCCGCAGUCGCAUCCACUGCCACACACCACGGCUGACGGCCCCGGCACCGGUGGCGGGUGCCGAGAUGGCAGCGGCACAGAGCGCACGUCGGCGCCGGCGGGCCGCAAGGCAGGCGACGGGGCCAAUCCGGCGGCUGCAGCAGGGGCGGCGGCUGCGGUGGCGGCAGUAGCAGCCUCGCCGUCGUCACGCAGCGGGUCGAAACGGGGCGUGCACCGCCGCAGCUGUAGCUAUGACACGGCGGCGGCACGCAGCGGCGGCGGGAGCGGUGGAGUUGGGGCGGCGGACGGCGGCGGCGGCGCCGCCACUGUGGCCGGGGCUGGGGCCACAUCGCUUCGGAAUUCCUGGUUUGAUUUCGACUUCGGCAGUGGGCUCAGCCUGCCCUGGAAGACUUCUGCUGGCGCAGCUGACAACGCCCCUGCCGCCUUAACCGCAACUUCAGCCUCCGGUGGCGGCCUAGCAGCGUCCUUCCUGUCCCGCACACGUGACAGGCAGCCUCAGCAGCCGCAGGCACAGCACGCGUCGCCGUCGCCACAACACCAUCACCAGCCGCAGUCGCAGCACAGGGCACGGCCGCCGCCGCCGCCGCCGCGUCUGCGCGCCUCCGUGGCGGCGUACGAAAUGGUGUCAGAGCCGUUGGGCUUCGGCCUCACGAACGAGUACGUGGUGUACAAGAUACGGGUGGCGGCGGAGGAGCCGCAGGCGGCGGCGGCAGGCGAGGAGGAGGCGGCGGGGCCGCGGGAGUGGACGGUGGCGCGGCGCUUCCGCAACUUCGAGGCGCUGCAGGCCAAGCUGGCGGCGUCGCUGCAUGGCUUCAAGUCCCUGGGGUUGCGGCCGCUGCCUGCCAAGCGCCUCUUCACGCCGCAUUCGCGCGCCGAUCCCGAGUUCGUGACGGGCCGCCGCGCCGAGCUUGACGACUACCUGCGGCAGCUGCUGAGCUGCCCCGAGGUGGCGGCCUCACACGAGCUGAGGGAAUUCCUGGCCCCUGACCCCGCCUCGGGCGGGCACGGGGCCUCCGCGGGCGGCGCCGCGCACCCCUACCACCACCAGCCCAGCCGCAGCCGCGGCGGUUCUGUGGGCCACGACGGCGCCACCGCGCACAGCCCCCCUGGCAGUGUGCCGCACACACCACAGCCCGCCCCCGCACCCUCCGCCAGUGCCGGCGCUGCCCCCGCCGCCAGCCGCAGCGGCGGCGGCGCCGCCGCCAGCGGGUCCGCCGCCGCCGCCGCGAGUGCCCCAAGCAGCGGUCUAAUGGCGCGUGUGGGCUCGGAGAUGCGGGAGCUCCGAGCCAGCGGCCGCCGCCGUCUUGCGGAGGCCCUGGCACCGCGGACCGCCUCCACUUUGGCGCCAGCCUCCGCCGCUCCCUCAGCUGCUGCUGCUGCUGGUUCUAGUGCCGCUGCCGACGCCGCGGAGGGCGGCCUGCCGGGCUGGUGGCUGGGACGCGGCCGUGCGGCGAGAGCGCGCGCGGACGGCGAGGCCGCCGCGGCCGCGACGGCGGCGGGCGGCCGCGCCUCAGUCGACGUGGCCUCCCUCCGCGCGGCCGCCGCGGCGGGGGCCGGCGGCCGCCGCGGCAGCGUCGGCGGCGGCAGUGCUGACGGCGUGGUUGUCGGUGCUCACGGUGACGAGGAAGACGAGGGGGAUGCCGCGGCCUCGGCAUCACCGGGCUCGGACGGCGGCGGCCGCGGCAGUGGCGGCGGCGGAAACUCGGAGGAUGAGGUGGUGCACGUGCCUGACGAUGUGGCGGCAGCGGCAGCGCCCGGUGCGGCAGGAAGCAUCGGCUUCAAGCUCAGUCUGCCGUCUUGGUCCAACCGGCCUUUCUCCUUUGGCCUGGGCAGGGAUGGCACCAAGGAGAGCCAGGAGCCCACGCCUACCGCCGCCGCCGAAGGCGGCGCCUCCGCCCAAGCCUCAGCAGCCGCUGCCACAGCACCAGCAGCCGGCGAGGGUGAGGCUAGCUUCGGCGGGAGCUUUGUGUCGGGUGCAUCGCGCCUGCUGGCAUCGCUGCGUGGCCGCGCCGGCGCCGGUAGCGAAGUGCCGUCCGGUCUCGCCACGCCCGCUCCUACGCCCGCGCAUACGCCCUCCACCGCUAGCCUGAGUGGCCUGAAGGGCGCGGCUGGCGGCGGCGGCGGCGGCUCUGCCACCGGCCCCGGCGGCAAAUCUGACCCGGGCCAAGACGGCGCAGCAUUGCUCGUGGGACGCAGCCCUCAGCCCAGCUUUACGACAGCUGGCGCCGCCGGCGCCGGGCAGUCGGCCGGGGUCCGGUCGGGGCUAGCCGCGAUGGCGCGUGCAGACGCGGGCGGGGCGGCUGGCGGCUGGCACGCGGGCAGCGGCGAGGGCGAGGGCGGUGAGGGCGACGGCGGUGGCCUGCUCGCGAUGCGCCCCAGUGUGGACCUGCAUGCCGGCGUCGCCCACGCGGGCGGCGCUGCAGGCGGCGCCGCAGGCGACGCGCACGCAAAGGCACACGGUCACUCCGGCGCCCGCCGCUCUAGCGUGCCGCCAAGCCCCCAGGCGCAGCCGCACCACACGUCACCCGGAGCCGGCGCCGGUGCCGGUGCGCCCGCCAUCCACCACUCCGCCUCGGUCUCCGCCUCCUCGGCUGUUUCCGCCGCCGCAGCUGCGGCUGCAGCAGCCGCAGCCGCGCAUCACGACGCGCUGCGCUCCCACUCCGCCAUCGUUCCCGGCAGCAGCGCCGGCGUGGGCGGCGGCGGCGGCAGUGCUGCCGCGACCGCGCUGCAUGCUCCCUCGCCGCUGGCUGCCAGCUCCGUCCCACUCACGGCGGCUGCCUCCGCGGCCUCGUUGGCAGCGGCGGUGGAUGGUGUUGCUGCUGGUGGCGGCGGCGCCGCCGCCGCCGCCGCCGGCAGUGUGGGUGUGGCGGCGCCGCUGUACGAGCUUGUAGAUGUGGUGUUUGGGCUGCAGGGCCAAGGUUUCUUCAGGCGCCAGGUGAUUGCGGUGACGCGGCAGGUUCUGAGCCUGCUGGCGGGUGACGCCAUCGACACCUGGGUGGCGGCGCGGCUGCGGCACCUCACCUCGGAGCACAGCCUGGCGAGGGCGCUGCUGCUGCUGCACGGAGCGCUCUUCCCCGGAGGCUGCUGGUACUCCUUUGGCCAGCCGCCGGCGCAGCAGCAGCAGCAGCAACAGCAGCAGGCGGCUGCUGCGCAGCUGCGCCAGGAGGGCGCUCCUGCAGAAGCUAAAGCGCAGCAGGCACAGCAGGCAGCAGCGGGUGGGGGCGGGCCGCGCUGGCGGCCGGCGCAGCCCAUCACGGCUGAGGGCUAUCUGGACCCUUGGCCCGCGCCGCCGCAAGCCGAGCAGAUCGCAGAGCGGGUCCGUGCCCGGCUCACCUCGCCGCGCCUGGCGCCCGCCAUGCUUGUCAACGUGGUGGGCGCGCGCGGCUGGGGGCGGGUGGUGUCCGACCUGCUGGGCUUGGUGCGGAGUCGCACGCUGAUGCUGCAGCUGUGCUACGGCCUGGUGCAGACGGUGCUGCUGCGGCUGUUCCCAGAGCUGGGGCCUAGGUUGGAGCACCUGCAGCCACGCAGCGCGCGACGGAUGGCGGCGACGCUGGCAGCCGGCGGCGGUGGUGUGGGGAGCGGAGGCGUGGGCGCGUCUGGAGGCCUGGGUGAGUCCAAGGCGACUUAGGUGAUUGGCGGACGGGCCCCAGCGGCGGGAGCGUGGGCUUGGCGCCGUGGGCUGUGGGCGUGGGACCGUGCAAAUGUGCAUGCUUUGGGUUGAAGUCGGCUGGCUUGUGAGGAGUACGUCUUCAUGUUGCAUGCUCUAAUAGUGACUACGGAAUGCGUGUGCGUCGACACGGGCGUCAAGUUUGUGAUGUUGUGGUGUUGGAUACGGUAUGAAGUGGGCCUGGUUCUUCGUACGAACUCGGAUCGGGAGCUCUCAACGAACGGCGUCGGUGGCGUGACGAAUGGUUGACAGGUGGGGAAAUGACCGCAUUUGCCGUGCCGCUGUGCGGCGGCAGAAGAAGGGGUAUCUUGCUAAGUGCUUGUUGGCGUUUGUUGGCCAUGAUGAGGGCUUGGGCCGUGGUGGGACAUUGGGCUUGG